AUGAGUUACCCGCAAAAUAAGCUUGUGGUAAAGAUUGAAAAUACAGUCAAAUCCGCUAAAAAGGCACAAUAUGUAGACAUUUCACAAGACUUGAAACUAUGGCAAUGCAAACACGCGGACCCGUCGGCGCUCAACAAAUACCUCAACGACGCGGGCAUUGACUGUACGAAUACGGUUGAAAUACCUGUCGACUACCGCUCAUGUUUUCACCCACUUAUCGAUGACAAUAAUAUGGACCAUAUGUUAGACAUGGAUUACACGCGAGACAAUACCCUAACCAACAAUCCAUACGUUAAAUACCUUAUGCUUAGCGCACACAUCAAUGUCGCCGACAAGAAGUCUAUUGGCAAAGACGCUGUCGUGGGCUUUAAGUUAUGGUUAGCCGACAGACAAAGCCGUAAUAAUAAGACGCGUAGAGAUCUGAAGAGAAGGAAACGAUACACCGAUAGUGAUCGAGACGGCUAUAGGGACUCGUUUUAUCCGAGUAGUGAUCGCUAUGAUCGGGAUAGGGAUCGCGAUUGGGAUCGGGAUAGAGACCGAUAUAGCUCUGUUCGGGAUAGGGAUAGAGACAGGAGUAGGGAUAGAGAUAGGGAUAGAGAUCAUGAUAGAAAUCGUGAUAAAUAUAACGAUAGAGACAGGGAAUAUAGGUAUAACAGUAGUGGUGAUAGGGAUAACCAGUAUCGGGACAGUGAUUACAAGUAUAACCGGGAUAGUUUUUAUAAUUACACGGAUCGAGAUGGAGAUAGAGAUAAGGAUAGGGAUAGAGACAAAAGGAGAGACAGCGAUUUGGAUAGAAAUAAAGAUAGGGAUAAAGAUAUGGAUAAAGAUAGAGAUGGUAAUAGGGAAUAUAAGGGAAUGUACCCAAAUAGGGGUCGCUACAAUCCUCCUAGAGAUGGACCUAGAAUAAAUCUCAAGACUAAAACAUUUAAUUGGUGUAAAAUAUUCAAAAUAGACUACCCGGAGAAAAGGCACGCCAUCAAGAUCGAGAGUGUCUUAAAGCCAUUCACGCAAAAAGCGUCCAAAUUUGCCCAACAUUUGGUGCUAUGGCUGUGCAAACAUCCGGACCCGUCGGCGCUGGACAAGUACACAUCGGGUCCGGGCCUCGAC